UCUCGAGUAGAAAAAAAAGAACCUUUGUCCCAAACAUUUUUGUUGGGGACAAUCGGUUCUCUUUACCCUUUGUCACUUUUGUAUUUCCUCCCUGUUUGUAAAACUGAUCAUAAUCUAUAGGAGGAUAUUCAAAGGGACACAAUCAAUUCAAAAGGGAACAAACACAAAUUAUUGUGUUUGAUCAAAUCACUUGUGCCCUUUUGAUCUUUCUGUUACUUGAUUUUCUAAUAACACAAGAAAUCAAGUAACAGAAAAGAAAAAAUAAAUAGAAAAAACAAGUGUUGGUAGCCAUUGUUGUUGUUCAAGAUGAAUGACCUAUUUUCAAGCUCCUUUAGACAAUACAGUGAAAUGAAUAAUCAGUCUCAAAUGAAUGACGUGGAGGCUGGAAAGGAAAAUGUGAACCUGGAUAAGUUCUUUGACGAGGUGGAGAAUGUGAAGGAAGACAUGAGAUCAGUUGAGCAAUUGUAUAGAAAAUUGCAAGAGUCGAAUGAAGAGAGCAAGAUUGUCCAUAACGCUAAAACCAUGAAAGAUCUUCGAGCCAAAAUGGAUCAAGAUGUUCAACAGGUUCUCAAACGCGUUAAACUCAUAAAGGGCAAGCUUGAAGCUUUGGAACGUUCAAAUGCAGCCAAUAGAAACCUCCCAGGAUGUGGUCCUGGUUCCUCAACAGAUCGAACCAGAACCUCAGUGGUUAGUGGCUUAGGGAAGAAAUUGAAGGACAUGAUGGACGAUUUUCAAGGGUUGAGAGCAAGAAUGCAAAACGAGUACAAGGAAACUGUAGAACGAAGGUACUUCACCAUAACAGGAGAAAAGGCCGAUGAAGAUACAAUUGAGAACUUGAUAUCAAGCGGCGAAAGUGAGAGUUUUCUUCAAAGGGCGAUUCAAGAACAGGGUAGGGGUCAGAUAAUGGACACUAUAUCGGAGAUUCAAGAGAGACAUGAUUCUGUGAAGGAGAUAGAGAAGAACUUGAUGGAGUUGCAUCAGGUGUUUUUAGACAUGGCAGCUCUUGUAGAGUCUCAAGGUCAGCAACUAAAUAACAUCGAGAGUAAUGUGGCACAUGCAAGUUCUUUUGUCAGAAGAGGAACAGAGCAACUUCAUGAAGCUAGAGAGUAUCAAAAGAGCUCUAGAGAGUGGACUUGUUAUGCCAUUCUUCUUGGCAUUGUUCUCCUCAUUGUGCUCUUGUUUCCUCUCUUGACAUCACUUUUGCCUCACUUGUUAUAUUGAACACUAUCAUCACAGUUUUACCAACCAAACAUUGGAUUUUGCAUAUGUGAUGACAACAAAAUCACAAAAUCAAGUUAUUCUGACUAUUUUAGAUUCCCAUAGAGUUGUAAUAGCAGGAUAAUCACAACAAUGUAAUAGGAGGUUCAUUCAUUUUUUAAAUGAUUCUAAUUUUGUCUCUUCUUUCUCAAACCCUUGAAUUAUUAUAGCACUUUUAAUACCUUGGUCUCAUGUAGAAACAAGAU